AGGAAGAAGAGAGACAUGCAAUCCAACAAGUUUCUAAAAUACUCUGUGAAAACACACACACACAAAAAGCCAACUCUCUCAUGGUGAAAUUUACCAAACAGUCUGUUUUUAUUCAUGUGAAAACACAUAUGUAAUAUUUGCUCAGAUUUGGCACCAUGCGUGCAUAUUACUUGCAGCCAAAAUCAUCAAACACAUUAGUUAUACGGAUAUACAAUGCAAAUCCCCCUUUCUCGGAAGAGCGCAGAUAUAAGUAAUUUGCAAGCAAACAAGUUCCACAAUCAAGCCUGGUCCUAUCAAAGCAGUUCCCAUGUCGCUGUUGUAUGUUGACCGUUGAAUUAUUCAACACGCACAUAUUAGACAAGUACACUAAUGUAGGCAUCUCUUCCUCCGUUAUCAUCUCACCCAAGAGGAGUCCUGUUAGCAGACGGCACUAAUGGCAGUUAGAGGUAUCUCCCUGACUCUCCACCUGCUCUUCCUCCUCCGCCUCCUGCUCCUCCUGCCAGUCGUCACCACCCAAUCCCAAACCAUACUCAACAUCACCAACCGAUGCCCCUACACCGUAUGGCCGGCCGCUUUCCCGGUGGGCGGUGGCAGGCGGCUGGAGCCUGGCAAGACAUGGACCCUCAAGGUUCCUUAUGACACCCGUGGAGGAAGCGUGUGGGCGCGCACAGGCUGCUCGUUUGACGGCAAAGGCGACGGGUCGUGCCAGACAGGCGACUGCCAAGGCUUGCUCGCCUGCAACGGAGAUGGUCAGCCACCCUACACGUCUGCUCAAUUCUCGCUCAACCAGUACAACAACAACAGUUUCUUCGGCAUCUCCCUCUACCAGGGAUUUAACGUACCCAUGGAGUUCUUGCCAAUGCCGAGCAAGGGGCAAGGGGGAUCAGGGUGCAUAAAGGGGCCGCACUGUGUUGCCAACAUCACGUCACAGUGUCCGAGCGAGCUCAAGGCACCGGGAGGCUGCAACAGCGCAUGUACAGUGUUCCAGGAGCAGAAUAAUGAUAUGUACUGCUGCUAUGGGACACCCUGUGAAUCCAACAAAUACUCGGCCUUCUUUGUGCGGAUGUGCCCGGAGGCAAUAAGUUACUCCAGUGAUGCUGUCACAGAAACUUCAUUCAGUUGUCCAUGGGAUACCGACUACCAGGUCAUUUUCUGCCCACCGAUCAAUCUAACAUCUUCACCUCCAAGUUCUCCUAACCCAGCUGAUCAGUCACUACACACAGGACCCGCAGUAGGCACUUCUGUUUCAAUUGCAAUUGCAGGUGCCAUAGUUUUAAUCGUCACAUUCAUCUUUUUCAUCCUACGUCGAAGAAGAACUCGACGACACCAUGAGAUGGAGGAAGAGGAGGCAGAGUUUGGUCAGCUACAAGGAACACCAAUGAGGUUUACGUUUCAACAGUUAGAAGCAGUAACAGAGCAAUUCAAGGACAAGCUCGGGGAAGGAGGAUUUGGGUCUGUUUUCGAGGGGCAGCUAGGCGAGGAAAGGAUUGCGGUAAAACGUUUGGAUCGAGCUGGUCAGGGGAAGAGAGAAUUCUUGGCGGAGGUUCAGACAAUCGGCAGCAUUCAUCAUAUCAAUCUGGUGAGGCUGUUUGGCUUCUGUGCAGAGAAAUCCCAUAGGCUCUUGGUUUAUGAGUAUAUGCCAAAAGGAUCCUUGGACAGGUGGAUCUAUGGUCGACAUGAAAAUAGUGCUCCUCCGUUAGAAUGGAGGGUGCGAUGCAAGAUUAUCGCUGACAUAGCUAAGGGUCUCUCUUAUCUUCACGAGGAUUGCAUGAAGAGAAUUGCUCAUUUGAAUGUCAAACCACAAAACAUCCUCUUAGAUGACGACUUCAAUGCUAAACUCUCUGAUUUUGGUCUAUGCAAGCUCAUUGAUAGGGAUAUGAGCCAAGUGGUUACAAGAAUGAGAGGAACACCUGGUUAUCUAGCCCCUGAAUGGUUGACAUCACAAAUCACGGAGAAGGCCGAUGUCUAUAGCUUUGGCGUUGUGGUGAUGGAAAUUGUGAGUGGAAGAAAGAACCUGGACACUUCCCUGUCUGAAGAGAGCAUCCAUCUUAUUACCCUAUUGGAAGAAAAGGUGAAGAGCAAUCACUUGGAAGAUUUGAUUGACAAGGGCAGUAACGACAUGCAAGCACACGAGCGAGAUGUGAUUCAGAUGAUGAAGCUCGCGAUGUGGUGCUUGCAGAUUGACUGCAAAGGAAGGCCUAAAAUGUCCGAGGUAGUCAAAGUCUUAGAAGGUACCAUGGAUGCAGAGAGCAACAUAGAUCAUAACUUUGUCGCAACAAAUGAACCAAAUUUCGGUAUUGCUGGAAAUGUGAACUCUUCAGCUCCACCUGUAGCCUCAGAUGUAUCAGGUCCAAGGUGAAAUGAGACAAUCCCAGCAAGACAGCUGGUACGAUUAUGAGCAGAUGAUGUUCUGAAAGUAAAAGACCGGUCUGCUGUAUCUUGUCCAAUUGGUACAAUCUGAAGCUGCUUACCUUGAGUUAAUUUUAUCUGCAAAAUGUUUUAAUAUUACAAACCUUCUUGUUCUACAGCAGAAGAACUUAUUUUGUUC